AUGAAACUCAGGUUUUUUUAUAAAGAAAGACAACGGCGGCGACUAGGCUGAGAAAACCGACGCGGCAGAGGGACUUCUCCGAUCAAAUCUCUCUCUCUCAGAUGGCAUACAUAUCGAAUUGGGUGCGAUACAUGGCUCACAAGCUGGAGUAUUCCCUCACUCUCUCCCUCAAGAAUCAUACUAAAGGGAAGCUCAAUGAGCGGGAACUAGUUGGUGUUGUCCUGAAGAAUCUACUCUAUGGAAGGAUAACAUACUUGCACUCUGGUAAAGGACAAGAGAUGUCCCCAACCAUGGGAGCUCAUGACAACACACUACUUGUCCGUAAGCUACCUGUUGUCGAUACAAGGUAUGUUUUCGUUGGAGAUGCUGUUGUGUUGAAGGACCCGAAUGAAACUGAUAAGUUUCUAGUGAGAAGACUGGCAGCUUUAGAAGGAUCCGAAAUGGUAUCUAUUGAUGAGAAGGAGGAGCCUUUUGUUCUCGAAAAGGAUCAGUGCUGGGUCGUUGCUGAGAACCAAGAGAUGAAAUCUAAGGAAGCAUACGAUAGUCGAACAUUUGGUCCGGUCUCAAUGGCGGACAUAGUAGGAAGAGCUAUAUAUUGUCUGAGGACAGCCGUUGAUCAUGGUCCAGUUAGUAACAGUGAGCUUGCCAUGGAAGAGGAUUCUCCACUCUUGGCGGUAGAACUUGACGUGGAUGAAUUGGCUAAAGACCACAAGGCUUAGUAAUAAACAAAGGAACCUUGUUUGCAUUUGUAUCCCCUUUGUUUCCGCUGGUUCGAAACUCCAAUCUAGAGAUGCCAUUGGAGUGUCAGAGAUGUUUGUGGCGAAUGUUUGGCCCAUUGGUUCUUAAGCUUUCAAACAGAUCCUUGUUGAGAAGAGUGUUGAAGAAAGCUCUUCGUUAGCUUCUUCCUCUAUAAUGAAACAGAGAAAUCCAAAACCAUGGUUUUUAAACCGAACCGAAUAAGAAGACAUUUGUUAA